GUAAGGGGCAUAGGACCUGGCCGGAUGACGUGUGUGAAAGGCUUGACGGUGGCUGGUGUUCAAGUGGUCUCGAUAACAGACAAUACACCUCUGCCAGAGCUGGGACCUAGACCGCGAAAAAUACGUCGUGUGUAG